AUGCACUCCACUUCCGCCGUUGUUGUUCUCGCUCUCGCCGCGGCUGCUGCCGCAGCUCCCGUUGGCCAAAUUCAAGCCCGUGAGCCCCUUAGCAUCGGUACUCUCGGCAAAGAGCUCGGCAAGGGCCUUGCCACCGGUGGAGGCCUCGCAGCCCUCCUCGCCGGCGCUGAAUCCUUGCUCGGUGGCGACUCUUCUACCUCGAAGCGCGAGCUCCUUCAUGCUCGCGAGCUCCUCGAGGAGCGCCUCUUUAUGGAGGCUCGUGCGCCUGUCAGCGUCGGUGCUCUCGGAAAGGAGCUCGGCAAGGGCCUUGCCACCGGCGGAGGCCUCGCAGCCCUCCUCGCUGGCGCUGAGUCCUUGCUCGGCGGAGACUCUUCCACCUCCAAGCGCGAGUUCCUUGAGGCUCGCGAGCCCCUGAGCUUGGGAUCCCUCCUCGGCGCGUCCGACGACGCGAUCGGAACGAUCAUCAAGAACUCCGCGAUCGGCGGCGCAGCAGCCGGCGCGGCCAACGGUAUCACCUCCGACAUUCUGGGCCUGUUCAACCGCCGUGAGCUCACCGAGGACCAGAUCAAGGCGAUCGAGGAGCAGCUCGGCAUUAACCUUAAGAAUGACAAACGCGCUGCUGCAGGCGCUGUGGGCGCUGAAGUUGCGGAGGGCCUUGGCUCCAUCAUUUCCAAGGGCGUCGUUGGCGGCCUCGGCAGCGCCCUCGGCGGUUUCGGCGUCGGCGAGAUCAUCGACAAGCUCACCUCUCGCGAGCUCGCCGAGCUCCAGGCGCGCGAGCCCCUCAACCUCCGCCGCUCCCUUGAGGCCCGUGCCGCUGCAGGCGCUGUGGGCGCUGAAGUUGCGGAAGGCCUCGGCUCCAUCAUUUCCAAGGGCCUCGUUGGCGGCCUCGGCAGCGCCCUCGGCGGUUUCGGCGUCGGCGAGAUCAUCGACAAGCUCACCUCUCGCGAGCUCGCAGAGCUCCAAGCGCGCGAGCCCCUCAACCUCAGCCCGAUCACCAAGGGCCUCAUCGGCACCGGUGUCGGCCUCGCCGCGUCGACCGCCGUCGACCAGGGCAUCGAAGCGCUCAAGGGCCUCUUCGACCGCGAGCUCGCCGCCGAGCUCGAGGCCCGCGACCCCGCCAACCUCAGCCCGAUCACCAAGGGCCUCAUCGGCACCGGUGUCGGCCUCGCCGCGUCGACCGCCGUCGACCAGGGCAUCGAAGCGCUCAAGGGCCUCUUCGACCGUGAGGUCAGCAUCAACGACCUCGACUAA